CGACGCGUUUGGCCCGGCUCAGCCGCCGUGGCAGGCCUUUGCGCAUGUGCGGGGCGAAACGGGAAGAAGGUGAAGAUGGCGGCGGCCAGGGCUAGAGUCCUGGGAGUCCGAUGGCUGCAAAGGGCAUCCCGGAACGUGGUGCCGCUGGGUGCACGAACAGCCUCCCACAUUACCAAGGACAUGCUCCCGGGGCCCUAUCCCAAGACCCCAGAAGAAUGGGCUGCCGCCGCCAAGAAAUAUAAUAUGCGGGUGGAAGACUACGAGCCGUACCCGGAUGAUGGCAUGGGGUACGGCGACUAUCCGAAGCUCCCAGCCCGCUCACAGCAUGAGAGGGAUCCAUGGUAUGACUGGGACCAUCCAGAUCUGAGAUUGAACUGGGGUGAACCGAUUCAUUGGGACCUAGACAUGUAUAUCAGGAACCGUGUAGACACCUCCCCCACACCUGUUUCAUGGAAUCUCAUGUGUAAGCACCUCUUCGGCUUCGUGGCCUUCAUGCUGUUCAUGUUUUGGGUCGGGGAGGCUUACCCCUCCUACCAGCCUGUGGGGCCAAAGCAGUACCCUUAUAAUAAUCUGUACCUGGAACGAGGCGGCGAUCCCACCAAAGAACCUGAGCCAGUGGUUCACUAUGAAAUCUGAGGCUUCAUGGGCUUUGUGCUCCCGACUGACUCCCUCAUUCCUACAGAUUUAACAUUAAUGAAAUCCCUAAUAAAACCUAGUGCUGUGGUG